UCAAAACAUUUUAUCGGGAAGUUAGCAACCCCAAUUUACAUGUACAUGUGACAUACUUGCAUGUUUAAAUUGGCUAAAAACGUUUGGGAGUCAGCUGCACAAUCAUCAUAUCAAUUUCAUUAAUUACAGAAUGAAAAAUCGUGGCGUCAAUCAAUCUAUCAGCACUUUCUACAAUACUUAGAAUUAAUUGAAACAUAAAUGUUUCAAACUAGACCUGAAAUUGCCUGAAACUGGUUGUGACAUCCGGAAACAAUUACAAAAUUUAGUGAUAAUCAUUAAAACGCACAUUCAUUUAAAUGAGUAUGCUUAAGUAUCUAAUAAACAUACAUUUUUAAAGGUAGGUACCGUCUUCUAAAAAACAAACGGUUUUUGGAUGAUUGUAUUUCGGUAAACGCGGAAAGGUACUAAUUGAGUUGGAUCUUUUGACUCGCAAGUAGAUUACUGAAGAUUAAAGCAUUAUUGAUUACCACAUCGUUUUAUUAAUAAAAAAUAUUCAUAUCUUAAAUAUAUUGCCAGCCAUUAUUAUCGGGUUACAAUGUUGGCCUAUAUUUUAGGCCAGAUUAACUUGAUAAGACAAGGAAUAAACAAAAAGUAGUUACAUCCAAAUAUAAUGAAAAAAAACAACAGUUUCUUCUUAUAAUUCCCCGCGGAGCACAUCUGAUAAGAUUUGAUAUGCCCCAGACAACAAGGGCUACAUAUUUAUAAGAUGAGCUUGUCCCAUGCGGCAUGGGCCAUGAGUCAGCUCAGACAAUGAUCUGUCAAGUAAUUUCACGCGGCACGCUUGCUAAUCGAAUCUCUAAUAUCAAAUACAAUGCCCUCUUCCUCGAACAGAAGUAGUAAGGUAUUUAAACACCUUUUUUAUUGACUGUAUAAGUUCUAAAAUUAUUGGCUCCAACGAAUCUUACUCACAGGUUUUGCUGAAUCAAGUGUGACGAUGUUCCCCUGGCCCCUCUCCUACUUGAUGUUGCGGCUCCGCAGAUAGGAGCUUCUUUGCUAGAUAUCGGUAGCUUAACAAGGGAGGGGUGCGGAACUCCGGUAAAUCACCGGAGCUAUGUUUAGGCCGGUGAAAGUUAAUGAGGAUUUCCCGGGUGAAAAAAGAAAGCCUACCAAGACCUCUUAAGGAAAAACUAAAACGUAGACACAGCUGAAAGAGACAUGCGGGCGACAUUACAGCACUGAGAAGUCCACAAAAAAUUAGCGAGCUGUCGAUCUUUUGCAGGAUGCUUAAUUGCAAUUUAGGACGGAUUAGGUUAUUAUAUAUCUAUAUUAUAUACCUAUAUUUAUCAAGUUUUUGAAGUUUAACAGCUUUUGCCUUAGUUGUUUAAUUAUGUAAAGAUGAUGCUAUUAAAUAUUUUUUUGCAUGGUACACAGGUUUUGCGUGUUAGACUCAAAUUCUCUCAUGAAUAAUGCUGCCAGGUUUUUAGAUGACAUGUUAUAAGUUUCUUAAAAAUUUUAGCCCAGUCACGCAGGCUGGUUUUAUUGAGGAAAAAUGUUGUUCCAUUUUUCCCUUUUCACAUAGAUCUGCACCUACGUAACAUCAAAGCUUUGAAACAAUAUUGAUGCCAAGUGUAGUAUGUAUAUUCACAUUUUGAAAAUACUCGAACUAUAAGUCAGGUGUCGGGUUAAAACGGGCGAAGGGCGGCGAGCGUGCGAUGAAAACAAGAGGCGCACGCGCACCCGAGCGACGCGCGGGAUCCGGCCCUCGCGGGGUCACUUGUAGACCAGGAUAUAAAACAGCUUUCUUACAACCAUCGAAUACUAUUAUUUACUUAUUUUUUGGGGUUUUUUAGUACGUACAAGUAAAAUACGCAAUACCUAUUUGAUUCUAAUAGGUGUAACAAAGGGAUACUGCAUGCUCUACCCAGUAGUAAUGUGGCUCUGUCGAGGAGUGAUAGGCAGUCUCUUUAAUUAAAAAAAUACUUAAUCCGACUUUUCGAAAUAUGUACCACUGAUGCAAUAGCAAUUAAGUCAGCUAGCCACGGCUAGGAUAGUUCAAUAUUUGCAAUAUGAACUGUUCUAAUAUAUUACAUACGUUCAACAAAGCAUUGUGAUCUCAUAACAAGCUGUAACAAUACUUCCCAUUGUGUGCAUUGUAUUUGGAAAACCAAAGUGGAGUCCUGAGGAAGUAUAAACAGAUGAGGUGUGGGCAGGUCCCUGUCUCCUGGCGCGGCCGGGCCGGGGCCGCGGGCCGUCGCGCCAGUCGCACCGCGUCCUCGCGCCGCGCCGCACGCGUCACGUGACACCCGCACAGAUCGCUGCUCACUCCGCGUUGACUCUCGUUGUUUGUGUUGUGUGUGACAAUGAGUGUUGUUUGUGUUUACCACUGAUUGCGCGCGGAUUUAUUUUUGUUCUGGUUUUCAUUGAUCACAUGUGUUUAGCAGCGGCGCGCCAUGUCUGCGGUGAUGAGCACUCUGUCCAUGAUCAGCGGCACCCGGCGCGCGCACCGCAAGCUCGGAUGCAGCGGCCGCAAGUCGGGGCAGUUCUCGGACGCCGGCGAGGACCGCUCCCGCAGCCACCAUGACCUCAACAAUCAGCAGCGGUCAGCCUCACUGCAAACCCUGGAGGCGGGUGGCGGCGGGGUCACCAACCUCGAGAGCCUGGAGGCCAAGAUGGCGAGCAUCGAGGUGUCGCUGGCAGGGUCGCGGCGUCGCAGCGCGGGCGCACGUGACGUCACACGCGAGCUUGAUGCGCUGCGCACUGCGCUCACCGACAAAGACACCCUCAUACAGAGUCUUAAGAAGCAGCUGAGCGCGUCCCUGAGCGCGGCGCGGCUGGCGGCGCAGGCGUCGCCCACCGCGUCGCGCGCCAGCUCGCACGAGGAGCAGGCCGCGCUGUCGGCGGACGAGCGCCGCGCGCUGGACGAGCGCGCCGCCGCCGUGCGCGCUGACCUCGACACCAGGAAGGCCAACAUACAGGAGCUGAGGAGGCGGCUCGAGAAGACACAUGUCACUGAGAACAUCGACACGCGGAUCCAGCAGGCGGAGCUGCAGUACAAGCUGGGGCGCGAGGAGCUGGAGCUGCUGACGCUGAGCGAGCAGGCGCGCGCGCUGGCGCAGCUCAUCGAGCAGGCCGACGCUGCUGCCAACAGGAACCACCGCGCCACUAUCUACAGUGUGGUGCGUGACUGCGGCGGGUGCGCGACGCUGGUGACGGCGGAGGUGCGCGAGGGCUCGUGGGGCGCAGCGCCGCGCGGCGCCGGCCUGCUGGUGGAGUGGCCCGGAGACAACACCUGCCUCAAGCAGGGAGACAGGUUAAUAGAAGUGAACGGCACCCCGAUGCUGGGCUGUCGCAGCCAGGAGGAGCUGCAGCGCGCCACCAGCGCCGCCAGCCCCGCGCGGCUGGUGCUGCUGCGGCACGCCACGCAGCCCGCGCACACUACACUCUCCAACGGCUUCACACAGAACGAAGCAGCGUCGCUGAGGGCCGAGCUGGGGGCACUAAGAUCAGCAGCCGAGGACGCGGAGAAGGCGAAGGAAGGUCUCCGCUCCGACAACACGCGCCUCACACACCGCAUCUCCUACCUCGAGGAACAGGUCGCUGAACUCCUCAGCAGGCACACACAGCUGCACUCCGUGAGCAGCAACGACAGCUGUAUAACAGUAAACAAAACUAAGAAAAACGUGACCAACAUCAAUAUCACGACAGAACCACAGUCCAAACCCAGCCCCAAGUCUGAAGUGCAAGUCUUCCAGAAAGGCCCGGACAUCACCGCCAUCGUGGCCAAACUACCGGGAUUAGACGGGUGUGAGUCCAACUUGCCAAUGAUACGGCCAAGAUCCAACGCUUCAGGAGCAUCGUCCAGAGCAGCUAUAUCUCCAAGAGCAUCGCCACCCCUAAAUCAUAGAUCACACAGCUCCCACAGCUUAGAGCAUAAAGCAGAGCGCAUGCGUCACUCGCUGUCACAUCACUGUAUACACGGGGGCAUAGACUACAGCGCGGAAACAGACGCAGCGAUACGCAUGAUCGAGAGGAACCAAAGACACAUAGAGAAACAGCGAAUGAAGAACGAGAGACUCAGCAGAUCCAAAUGUGAGGAAUACUUUAGAUCAGACAGCGACCUGGACAUGCGCGACACACACUCCUCGGUCAGUGCCGACCCCAGACAUUAUGAAAUAAAGAAAGCUGCAGACAGGAUAGAAGAAAGUAUCAAAAAGACAAACUGGGCGGAAAGAAAAACUUUGUCAAUAAUAGAACAACUGAAACGGUCCCAACGGUUACGAAAACUAAAGAAGAACGAGAGUUCGGAAGAUGUUCAACUAGAAUCCGAACGACACUACAUGUAUCAUAGAAUAGACGGAAAAGUUUUAGAAAACGCUUGCAAGUCCAGCCGGAGAACUUCGAAGCUGCACUCUAGAAGUGCCAAGUCUUCAGAAUUUGAAUCGGAGUCUGAUUUUCCGAACGGAGAUAUGUAUAGCAGCUCGCCGAGGAUAGACUACGGAUCCGAGACAGGUUCCAGAAUGAGUCAUUACAAAAAGAACGAAGAGCGGAAAGACAGUGAUGUCAAGUCGCGACCGACACCUCCGAGGAAGCCACUGCGACUGUCGCUUCAUAAAGCUAGAAGUGCCCAUUCCUUGAUAAAUGGCAGUGAAUCUGAAACGCCGAGCAGACCGGCUUCCGAGGCCAAGCAAGCUGAGCCCGAGUGUAAUAAAAGGCCUGUGAAGAGGACCCAUGCGGCGGACAAGUGGGCGCGGGAGAGGAUCCGCGACGCCGGGCGAGCGACGCCCCGUCCCGCCAGGAAACACCUGAACGGGCUCAGCGCCUGCGAGGCGCCGGCCGCGGACGACCUGUACCCCGAGAACACUCACAUGCCUGUUAGAAUUAAUGGAAGGACUGGCAAAUGGUGUUAGCACCUGACGAGCACAAGUACCCCGAGAUAUCCUUGUCUGAAUAAAAGUUUUUUUUUGUAAUAAAUAGCCGAUAUGAGGCUAUGAACAAAUUAUACUAAAAUAAGGUCGAUUAUUUGAUCAAAAAUCCGGCUGUAUCGCAAAUAAUAAUACGUUGUGCCAAAUCAACAUUAGGUCAAAGUUAGAAAACCCAAUUGACAAACAAUAUCCAACCAAUCAAAUACUUUGGAGCAAUAGGUAAUCUAGAGACACCCAUAGUAGUGUAAAUAAUGUAUAGUAGGUAUAUUAAUAUGACAGUAGACGUACGAUUGAAACAGAUCAUUGUAAAUAGGCACUACGUUAGCACCCACCGCGUAAUACUCACCUAACUGUAACGUAUUUAUUUAAGACAUAGCUGUAAGUUGCUGCGAUGUAUAAAAGACAAUAAACAUACUAUGCAUUUCA